CGUCAUUGGACGAUCAGAGGAAAGAAGUGGAGCCCGAAAGCGGAGGGCGAGAGGGAAAGGGAAAGGGGAGGGGAGGAAUUGGGAGUCGCCUGCGCGACUGUAGAAGUUGAUGGGCAUGUUGAUGAUUGAUCAUAAAUUACUGCAGAUAUUCAUGAGGGAGUGGCGCAGCGUACGAACGCCGAAUCUGAAAGCAGGGAGGGAGAUGGUGGUGGUGUGAAGUGUGAGCGGAGGAGGGAGCAUGAGACAGACGGAGAAGGGCCGAGGAGGAGGAGGAGGUGGAACUGGAUCGAUCGACGUUUCGUUGUUGAUGUUGUACAGCGCGCACAGAAAGGCCGCGGGUGGCGAUAGCUAGAGCCUCCUUGCGAUGCGAGCUCGAUAGGUAGGCUGGACGGGCGGUGCGCUCGAGCCUGUGGAGGUAUUAUUGUCCUUAGUCUAGAUAGUAUUUGGGAAAAAAACAUCGAGAUGGAUAGUUGGAACGGCUUGCUUGAAUAUAUUGGGAAAUAAAUUUGCGGGCAUUGUGAAAGUAUGGGACUGUCACAUGAGUUGGAUGGAGGGGAAACAGCUGUAUAUGAAUUUGAGCCGACGGUAUGAUGCAAGCCGACAAUGGGUACAAGUAACGAGAAUGCACCGCGGGAAGUCCAAGGCGAGCGAGUUUAAGAUGAAGCGGCAUCCGAUUGUAAUCAGAUGGAGGAGCACCAGCCCCCUUGCUCUGUAGAAUUGACCGAGAGUAUGGAGCGGAGUGAGUGUUUAAGGAUUUCUAGAUUAAUUAGCAGGCAUGGAAUUCUGUUCUGGCUCUUGAAUGGCCUGAUAAUUGCAUCGCUCGCGAGCGUUUCUGCUUUGGUGGCUGAAGAACAACAUCAACGCAUCUCUGGCAUUGCUGGCGAUGUUCUUGAAGAUGAUCCAGUUGGAAGACUGAAGGUCUUUGUUUACGAACUACCUGCAAAGUACAACACCAAAUUGAUUCAAAAAGAUUCGCGAUGUCUUACCCACAUGUUCGCCACAGAAAUUUUUUUGCACAGAUUUCUCCUUGAAAGCCCAGUCCGCACACUAAACCCCGAAGAGGCUGAUUGGUUCUACACUCCCGUGUAUACCACGUGUGACCUGACUUCGAAUGGCCUGCCUCUACCUUUUAAGUCUCCGCGCAUGAUGCGGAGUGCAAUCCAGUACAUAUCAAUACAUUGGCCUUAUUGGAAUCGCACCGAAGGAGCGGACCAUUUCUUUACUGUUCCCCAUGAUUUUGGAGCUUGCUUUCACUACCAGGAAGAGCAGGCAAUCCAGAGAGGGAUAUUGCAUGUACUGUCACGUGCGACAUUGGUACAGACAUUUGGACAGAGAUAUCAUGUAUGCUUGAAAGAGGGAUCCAUUGUCGUCCCACCUUAUGCCCCACCUUCAAGGAUGCAGUCACGUUUUAUACCGCCUAGCACUCCCCGCUCAAUCUUUGUGUAUUUCCGGGGUCUUUUUUAUGACCCUGGGAAUGAUCCAGAAGGUGGUUACUACUCGCGGGGUGCUAGGGCCGCAGUCUGGGAGAACUUCAAGAACAAUAUACUUUUUGACAUUUCAUCUGAGCACCCUGCAACAUACUACGAGGACAUGCAAAGAUCUAUAUUUUGUCUCUGUCCAUUGGGCUGGGCCCCUUGGAGCCCUCGCCUUGUGGAGGGAGUCCAGUUUGGCUGCAUUCCAGUCAUCAUUGCAGACGACAUCGUCUUGCCAUUCGCAGAUGCUAUCCCUUGGGAGAAGAUCGGGAUCUUUGUUGAUGAGAAGGAUGUGCCGAUGUUGGACAAGAUUCUAGCGUCGAUACCUCCGGAGCAAGUUUUGGAGAAACAGAGACUUUUGGCAAAUCCGGCAAUGAAGCAAGCAAUGCUUUUUCCCCAGCCUGCACAACCUGGAGAUGCCUUCCAUCAGAUUCUGAAUGGACUUGCGAGGAAGCUGCCUCACGAUAGCAGCAUUUAUCAAGAUUCCGGUCAGCGAGUUCUGAAUUGGACCACUGGACCUCCAGGCGAUUUGCAUCCGUGGUUUGGAGACAAGGCGUCGUAAAACUAAGCAUGCUCUUUCGGCAACUCUUUACACUUGUUUGCAGGACAUUAGAACAUUCACUCCCGAUUCUUUAUAUUUCUGGAUGUGCCUGCCAUAAACUUUCUAAGCUCUUCUGGCAAGGUUUCUCUCCAGAAGCAAGACUACAGGUGGAGACGUGAAGACUACAGUUUUCCACUCAUAGUCGGUGCUCCCCCAGUGUAGUUGCAAAUGGUUCUGUGCUAAUCAUUGUUGAGACACCAUGACUGCCGUCAUUAGACCCUCUGGUGCUUCUGUGUACAAAAUAUUCUUCCGGCGUCUGGUUUUGGGUUCCAUCGCACUUGUAACUCUACAAUCUAAUGUGAUCAAAAUGGAAUAACAGCGCCUACAGCUUGUGGCUC